AUGAACAUUGCAACUAUCAGCAACCUGUGCACCGAUGCUUUCAAAAAGAUGCUCGGGGAGAUCGACCCAAGGUUCAGCCGCAUGGUGAUUAACCUGCCCCAAGGCCCGCCGGAAGAAACAGCAUUGAAAGAAGCAGAGAGCAAACUAACAGACUUUUGCUACAGGAGUAACGCUUGGGGCCACAAAUAUGGUCGUAUGAACGGGCGAACACUAGACUCCAGACUGACCAAGCACGGCGAUGUGGCCAAGGAGCUCCGGGACUUUUUCGCCCGUCUGCAUACCCUCUUUUUGCAAGGCCAGGAGAUUGUCAAGGAGGCUAGAGAACAUCGGCAGGAGAUCAACAUGCACAACUGGUACUGCCUUCCAGGGCCGGCUGGUGAAAGGCUUCAUGAUUGUGUGGAGAGCACUUUCAAGGAACUAGACGAGUUCCAUGUGUUCCGCACUGGCAAGCUGCAGAAGGCGCUUGAUGCCUAUCUCGACACUGGUUUUGUGUACGAUGGCCCCGGGGAUAGGGCGUACGCCACGAUGGGUAUCACGGAGAUUACCGCCAGGUGCUACAGCAAUCUUACUCUUCUGCUCAACUCAGUUAAAUCAAGAGACGACAAGCACCCCGAGGACGAGGUGAUCCAGGCCCUACAACGGAGCUUCAACGCCUUCAAAUUCUGGCUCACUUACUUUGAUGUCUGGGGGAGCAAAGAAAGAUUGCCCAUCGACGAGAGACUGGAGGACCGGGCACUCAUCAACAAGAUCAAGACGAUUGUUUGCAAUCUACACGAGCAGUCAGAUAAAGGUUUUAGAACCGUGAUGACCCCAAUCUUCGCCUCCGAGCUCACGUGGAUGGAGCUCGACGAGAACACACGCAAGGAGCUCGAGCCCUUCCAGGAAGGUAUCGCAAAGGAUGUAAGAGAGCUCAUUUCGUUGAGCUACGACCGGCUUCAACCUUUUUGGUCUGAGAAAGAAGAAAAGAAAUCGUUCUGGAAGAGGAUAUUCCACUGA